UGGGUCUCUCAUUCUAAGAUGAUGUGCGAGGUGAUGCCGACCAUCAGUGAAGCAGAAGGCCCCCCAGGAGGAGGUGGGAGCCACGGCUCCAGCUCCCCUUCACAGCCCGAUGCAGAUUCCCAUUUUGAACAGUUGAUGGUCUCCAUGCUGGAAGAGAGAGACCGGCUUCUCGACACGCUGAGGGAGACUCAGGAGACGCUGGCACUAACCCAGGGGAAGUUACACGAGGUUGGUCACGAACGGGAUUCCUUGCAGAGGCAGCUCAAUACUGCACUUCCACAGGAGUUUGCAGCACUUACUAAAGAACUCAAUGUAUGCAGGGAACAGCUCCUUGAAAGAGAAGAAGAAAUUGCUGAACUGAAAGCGGAAAGGAACAACACCAGGCUGCUGUUAGAACAUUUGGAAUGCCUAGUCUCCAGGCACGAGAGGUCGCUCAGGAUGACAGUGGUGAAGAGGCAGGCGCAGUCCCCAGCGGGCGUAUCUAGCGAGGUUGAAGUACUCAAAGCACUAAAAUCUUUAUUUGAACACCACAAAGCUCUGGAUGAAAAGGUGAGAGAGCGAUUACGAGUAGCACUUGAAAGGUGUAGUUUGUUAGAAGAAGAAUUAGGUGCCACCCACAAAGAGCUAAUGAUUCUGAAAGAACAGAAUAACCAGAAGAAGACGCUAACCGACGGGGUGCUUGACAUAAACCAUGAGCAGGAAAGCGCUCCGAGCGCAAACGGAAAGAGAUCGUCCGAUGGGUCUCUCAGUCACGAGGAGGACCUUGCCAAGGUGGUGGAGCUCCAGGAGGUCAUAGACAAGCAGUCAAGAGAGCAGAGCCAGAUGAAGGAGCGCCUGGCGGCCCUCUCCAGCCAUGUGACGGAGCUGGAGGAGGACCUGGACACCGCCCGAAAAGACCUCAUCAAGUCUGAAGAGAUGAACACGAAGCUGCAGCGAGACGUUCGCGAAGCCAUGGCCCAAAAGGAGGACAUGGAAGAGAGAAUCACUACUCUUGAGAAACGCUACCUCGCAGCACAGCGUGAGGCCACCUCUGUGCACGACCUCAACGACAAACUUGAAAAUGAAAUUGCAAAUAAAGAUUCCAUGCAUCGACAGACUGAGGACAGAAACCGCCAGCUACAGGAGCGGCUGGAGCUGGCGGAGCAGAAGCUGCAGCAGACCCUGCGGAAAGCGGAGACGCUCCCCGAGGUGGAGGCCGAGCUGGCCCAGAGGGUGGCCGCGCUCUCUAAGGCGGAGGAGAGGCAUGGCAACAUUGAAGAGAGGCUGCGCCAGAUGGAGGCCCAGUUAGAGGAGAAGAACCAGGAGCUACAGCGGGCAAGGCAGAGAGAAAAAAUGAAUGAAGAACAUAAUAAACGUUUAUCAGACACUGUUGACAAGCUUCUUUCAGAAUCUAAUGAGAGGCUUCAGCUUCAUCUGAAGGAGAGAAUGGCUGCUCUGGAAGACAAGAAUUCUCUCAUACGGGAAGUUGAAAAUGCGAAAAAGCAGUUAGAAGAAACGCAACAUGACAAGGACCAGCUCAUACUAAACCUGGAAGCGCUGAGAGCUGAGCUAGACCAGGCGAGGCUGAGAGGAGCUCCCCUUCACCAUGGCCGACCCCACUUGGGCAGCGUCCCGGAUUUCAGGUUCCCGGUGGCAGACGGGCCCGCGGAGCCCUACGGUGGCAGCGCGGUGCUGCGGCGCCCGCAGAAGGGCCGGCUGGCAGCACUCCGAGACGAGCCUUCCAAGGUGCAGACCCUGAACGAGCAGGACUGGGAGCGCGCGCAGCAGGCCAGCGUGCUGGCCAACGUGGCCCAGGCGUUUGAGAGUGAUGUGGACGUGUCCGACGGCGAGGACGACAGGGACACGCUCUUCAGCUCGGCUGCUCUGCUGUCGCCCAGCGGGCAGGCCGACGCACAGACGCUGGCCAUGAUGCUGCAGGAGCAGCUGGACGCCAUCAACAAGGAGAUCAGGUUGAUACAGGAAGAAAAGGAGAACACGGAGCAGCGGGCAGAGGAGAUCGAAAGCCGCGUGGGCAGCGGGAGUCUAGACAGCCUCGGUCGUUUCAGAUCGAUGAGCUCCAUUCCCCCGUACCCCGCCUCCUCGCUCGCCGGCUCCUCCCCGCCGAACAGCGGGCGGUCCACCCCGCGAAGGAUCCCGCACAGCCCGGCCAGGGAGGUGGACAGACUAGGUAUCAUGACUCUGUUGCCGGCUUCCCGAGAAGAGGUACGAGAUGACAAGACAGCCAUAAAAUGUGAAACAUCCCCGCCUUCGUCCCCACGGCCCCUCCGAGUGGACCGGCUGCACAAGGGGGCGCAGCACACGGUCAGCCAUGAGGACAUCAGGGACGCGCGCAACUCGACAGGCUCACAGGACGGCCCCGUGAGCAACCCCAGCAGCAGCAACAGCAGCCAGGACUCGCUGCACAAAGCCCCCAAGAAGAAGGGCAUCAAGUCGUCCAUCGGCCGCCUGUUUGGCAAGAAGGAAAAGGGCCGGCCCGGGCCCAUCGGCAAGGAGGCACUUGGACAGGAGACAGAAAACUCAUCUCCAGAUGCCUUGGGACUCAGCAAAUUGGGAGGACAGGCUGAAAAAAAUCGUAAACUUCAAAAAAAGCACGAACUGCUCGAGGAAGCCCGGCGGCAAGGCUUACCCUUCGCGCAGUGGGACGGCCCCACAGUCGUCGUCUGGCUGGAGCUCUGGGUUGGGAUGCCGGCCUGGUACGUGGCCGCCUGCCGGGCCAACGUGAAGAGUGGGGCCAUCAUGUCUGCCCUGUCGGACACGGAGAUCCAGCGUGAGAUCGGCAUCAGCAACCCCCUGCACAGGCUGAAGCUGCGGCUGGCCAUCCAGGAGGUCAUGUCCCUGACCAGCCCGUCAGCCCCACCCACGUCGAGAACGACCACAGGAAAUGUCUGGUUAACACAUGAAGAGAUGGAAACGCUCACAGCCACGCCACAAACGACCCUUGCAUACGGGGACAUGAACCACGAGUGGAUCGGCAAUGAGUGGCUGCCCAGCCUGGGCCUCCCGCAGUACCGCAGCUACUUCAUGGAGUGCCUGGUGGACGCGCGGAUGCUGGACCACCUGACCAAGAAGGACCUCCGGGGUCAGCUGAAGAUGGUCGACAGUUUUCACAGAAACAGUUUCCAGUGUGGAAUUAUGUGCCUGCGAAGGUUAAAUUAUGACCGAAAAGAGCUGGAAAGAAAACGAGAAGAAAGCCAAAAUGAAGUAAAAGAUGUGCUUGUUUGGAGCAACGAUCGAGUCAUUCGCUGGAUCCUGUCCAUUGGCCUGAAGGAGUACGCCAACAACCUCGUGGAGAGUGGCGUCCACGGCGCGCUCAUGGCCUUGGACGAGACCUUCGACUUCAGCGCACUGGCUCUCUUGUUACAGAUCCCAACGCAGAACACACAGGCUCGUGCCGUCUUGGAGAGAGAGUUUAACCACCUUUUGGUCGUGGGGACGGACAGAAGGUUCGAUGAAGACGAUGAUAAAAGCUUCAGGAGAGCACCUUCUUGGAGAAAAAAAUUUCGACCAAAGGAUGUUCGUGGCUUAGCUGCUGGGUCAGCAGAGACUCUUCCUGCAAACUUCCGGGUCACUUCCUCUCUGUCCUCGCCCUCGACGCAGCCAAAGAAGAUGCAGCUGGACGGCGGCGUGUCGGGAACGCAGAGGCUGGAUUCUGCUACAGUCAGGACUUACUCCUGCUGAAGCCUCCCCCCUGUUUACCCACACUACUUCUACAGAUGACACGCAGCAGUCGCCACCCACCCAAGACUACGUUUUGGACUCGAUGGAAUCUUUAAUCUGUUAAUACUUGUUAUAUGGACCCUAAGAUAUUUUAUUACAGAGUUUUUAAUUAGUGAAAAAUUCAUGAAUACCAUAGAGAAAAUAUUUUAGAAUUUAAUGUUUCUUAUAUUUAUGUAAACUUAUGACUUCAUUUAUAUAGUUACUUACUUUUUCAUGUAUAUCCAGGCUAUAAAUAUCCUUUCAAAUCAAUUCUUGUUCUUAUAUCUGAUCUUAGUCUUUCAAAUGAAUGUACUGUAAUGCUUGUAUGUAUAAAUCCUAUGAACAGAUACAGGGCUUUUGUAAAUUAUGCAUUUAUUGUAAUUAUCAUUGUUUAAUUUUUUAAUAAUGAACCACAACAGAGAAAAGGAUUUUACUGCGUUUGUAAAAUCAUGGCACAGUGUGCAUUAUCUGUUACGAAACGUAACCGUGCUCUACAACAAUCAUUUUGAAAUAAGCAAGCUUAAUUUCCAGCAAUUGUAUUUUAAUGACUGACCUUAACUGUACUUUUUCUAGCAAGAAAUGCUUUCCUCCUCAGCGUGAACAGAUUAAAAAUGCCAGGUGUUAAAUAUCAGCUUCUAAUCAGAUUGGGACUGAAAGGAUCAUCAGGACACCAUGAACUUCAGACUGGCUGACUCUCCACAGCCUGUGGCCUCGGUAGUCCGUCGUCAGUAACUGGCGGAGCCGUGAGCUGGGGACAGUUCUCUCAGCCUCAAGACAGACUUGCAUGGGGAGCCGGGGCCCGCCGCACCCCCAUCCUCCCCUGCCCCUCGGGGGACGCGGGCCAGGGCGCCCGCACAUCCACUCCCAGAGGACCAAUCGUGAGCGCUGCACUCACUGCGAAGGCGCAGGAUGCUGGACACCAUGCCGCGCAGCUGUGAUAAAGGCCUUAUUUUCGUAUGUAAAUCAUCUUCUUACAUUUGUUUGUAAACAGGUUUAAAGAAUGGACCUAGCCGUACAUUUUUAGAUUUUGACAAUAUAGCCAUUUUGGAUUGUAUAAGUAGCAAAUGUAACUUUUACUUUUAAAUGGCACAUUAAACGGCCAGCAAGAAAUGUGUGCAGAUCACGGCGCAUUAUUUAUUACGCAGCUGAUGUUUCGCCAGCUAGGACAGCACGACUUUUUACAUCUGGUUUCUGCUUUUAAUUUACUUGUGCAAUUUAUUGUUACCGUUCUGUUUUUCUAUUAAUCUUUUGUGAACUUCCUGAUUGUGUAACAAAGUAUGUACAGCCUACUUUUGAACUAUUUUUAUCACAGCAUUAUUUAUUGCUCUCUUUCAAUAAAAUACUGAAGCAUUUUCCACUGCCAAUAAAGAUACAGGGAAUAAGCUGUAAUUACACUGAAA